AUGGCGAAAAGUUUGUAUGUAAUGUUUGUUCUUGCAGUGGUGGUGGCGCAUGCGACGGCGCGUAACAUUCCCGAUGCUACGAAGCCUAGCGCCGCCGUGAAUCCUGGCGGCACGCAGGAUCUGACGGUGAACCCGAAAACCGUAGAGCCUGCCAUGGCGCCCGGCGCAGUUGAUGACAAGAAGAACCUUAUAGUUGGCGGCAUUGGAGGCUGGGCUGGGGUCGGCUACGUGCUUCCGGCCAUUGGCGGCGUGGCCGGAGGAGUUGGCGGUGCAAGCGGCCUGGGUGGUGCCGGCGGGCUCGGCGGCGCUGGAGGCGGGAUUGGUGGCGCAAGUGGACUUGGAGGAGGGAUUGGCGGCGCGAGUGGACUCGGUGGGCUCGGUGGCGCGAGUGGACUCGGCGGGCUUGGUGGCGCGAGUGGACUCGGCGGACUCGGUGGCGCUAGUGGUCUCGGAGGGCUUGGUGGAUUUGGUGGCGCGAGUGGGAUCGGUGGAGGAAUCGGCGGUGGGAUUGGCAAAAUUAUUCCAUAG